CAUCCCUGUAUUGCGGUCUUCCAACCGUGCGAUACAGUAGUGAGAAUAUUUUCUUACAACCUACUUCGUGCAGUGAACUGUAGCAGGAUAGGGCAGAUAACAUAUUUGGAAAUAACAUCUGGGAAAUUGUUAAUGUUAAACAACUAGAACUUUGAGCUAUAAAAUCGUUGUGAUUGCGAUCUCAGGUGCCUGAAUAAACCCAAGGAACUCACAGCUUCUUUCCCUCUUGUUUCAAGUUAUACCAUCCAAACGGCAAGGAUCAUGUCUGCGGAUGAUGUUCAACAAACUAUUCCAGCCAGAGUGAGGCACUGGGCACAGAUCUACCCAGACAAAGAGGUGUUUGUCUUCUACAACGAUGAAGGAAGGCGUGCUCUCACUUGUAAAGAUGUACACAUCCUCUCCACUAAAUUUGCUGCACUUCUACAGCGUCGGGGCUUGAAACGUGGAGAUGUGGUCUGUAAUACACUCACCAACUCUCCUGAACGUCUUAUCACCGAUUUUGGCAUCAUGGCGGCUGGUUGUGUUGCUGCCAAUGCCCAGGCACUGUUGGCAGAUGGUACGGAUCUGUUGCAUGUGAUCAACCUGAGUUCCUGUCGUCUGUUGAUUGGGGACAACACAUUACCUGGGGGUGCUUGGGAUCUUCUCAAACCUCAUCUUGGAGAAAUUCUGGACUCCAAAGUAAAAUCAAGCAAUGCUCCUAACCUAGAAAUGGUGGAGUUUGUUGGUGUGAAGGGAGGAAGUAAUUACCUGGAGAUGUUACGUCAGGAAGGUGAUCAAGUCCCAGUGGAGGUACUACCAACAGACACAGCUUUGUAUUGGGCAACUUCAGGCAGCACUGGCUUUUCAAAACUUGUACCAAAGACGCAUGAGGUUAUGAUCCUGCAUUCUAGCAGUUUUACAAAGAUGUUUCAGAUGCAUCAGUUGAAUACAAAGGUUUACAGCGAUCGACCUUUAGGCUGGGCAGGUGGGUGGCCUUAUGUAUUCAUAGACAUGGCCAUCCCGGUGGUGAUGUCCGACACAAGAGGUUCUAUUCGAGAUCAGUGUCAGCUGUCUUGGGAAGCAGUAAGAAAGGAAAGGUGUACAACUGCACUGCUUACAAUUGCCUUCAUGAAGAAACUUGCAGAAAGAACAUAUAUUCAAAACUCAGAUGAUGUGAUUCAAAGAUUAAUGUGUAUUUGUACAGGGCAACCUUUUGCCAAACAUUGCUUUGAGUUUGUUGGUAAGAUCUGCAACUCGGUUUCAUCUGCAUACGGACUCACAGAAGUUGGAUAUGUAUCAAGCUAUAUUUGUCAGAAGGAGGAAGACUUCAAAGACAAUCUGGUUGGAAUUAGUCGUCAGAUGGAGGUGAAAGUGGUAGAUGAACAGUUUGAAGAGCUUGGACCGGGCAAGGACGGACAAGUUUUCCUUCGUGGAGAUUGUAUGUUCAAGGGAUAUAUCAACAAUCCUGAAGCUACAAAAGCAGCCUUUACAGAUGACGGAUGGUUCAAAACAAAUGAUAUUGGACAUUUUGAUGAGCAAGGGCGUCUCUUUGUCGAGGGAAGACAAUCAGAUGCCAUUAUGCAUGGAGAGUACAUCAUAUACCCACCCUGGGUGGAGAAAAACUUGAGAACAUGUCCUUAUGUUUCUGAAGUCAUGGUGGUCCCCGUUCCUCACAGGGACUUGUAUCAUGAGGUCUGUGCCUGUAUCAUUCCCAAACCAAACAUGGAUGUCACCACCAAGAUGAUCAAAGAUUACUGCGAUCCAAUGUUUAUUUCUGAUUCUCUACAUGAAAUGUCUGCUAAACCAGCCUACUAUGUUCUGGUGGAGAAUUUCCCUCUUAGACCAACAGGGAAACCAGACAGGCGGGCAUUAUCAGAAAUAGCUGCAAAACUGACGUCAAGAAGCCCCUAACAUUUCUGUCGAAAUCCCACCAGUGACCUGCAAGGGCAUAUGAUUCCACCCAUCCUGAAGGACGUAGCAUGUGACAACUCGACAAAAGAAAUGGUGUUGGGAUUCAAACUGUAAUCAAUAAUUCUAGAAAUAUUAUGAAAAUAGGAGUCGAUAAAAUUAACUGGAACAUCUGUAUCCACACUUAAGCGGAUUUAGGUAUUCGAUCAUUUCAUUACUAUUGGUAUAAUUUGUUGUUACUAGCUUCCCUGUUAACGAUGCUCAGAAUAGACCGCCCUUCUGCAGGGGCAAAAUGAUUGUUACCUCUUCGGGAGUAUUAGUAAUGGUAUUCAAGCAGUAACGGAUAUUUUGUCCUUAUGUCAGAUAGUCAGUGAAUAUACAGAGAUUGAAGUGUGGACAGAAUCAGAGUUAUUUCCAUGUUAUCAUCAAACAAUUGAUAUGUUCACAAUAUAGUACAUGGUUGUUCUCGUCUUUCUAUGAAAAUUACAUGGCAAUGGCGUUCAAUGUCACAAUAUAUCUUCUCAAAAAUGGAUUUACUACAUUUAAAUAUUCGCACGUCCGGUUCUCAGGCUCCUGAGAUGUUAUUUUCUUUACGGUGAAUCCUGCUAGCUAUUCUCGAAACGUUCGUAGCCUUACGAACUGCUUCAGCUCAUUCUUAACAUGUUGGCUACGAUCAAAGUUAAGAAUUCUUAGGGCUACGAACGUUUCGAGAAAAGGGGAUCUGUUCGUAUUUGUUUAUAUCAAUAAAUCCCUCAUCAUCGCAUA